UUCGAUAAAUCGAAAGUCGACUUUUAGAUCCCUAAAUUGAUCUGUCAAAAUUGUUGGAUGGUGAGGAGUUAAUUAGUUGAAACGCACGCAAAAAGACUUGUUUUGGGCAAGUUACCAAUCGGAUUAUACAUAAUUCACUGGCACUGCUACACAAUUCAUAAUAUAAUACUUAGUGCCAAAGAUGACCGGUGAUAACAAGCCGAUUAAAGUCGGUUCCAGGAAGAGCGAGUUGGCUCUUAUCCAAACUAAACAUGUCAUAUCACGUUUACAAAAGCUUUUUCCAAAUAAGAAAUUCGAAAUACAUACCAUGACAACUAUUGGCGAUCGAGUCCUUAAUAUAUCACUGCCAAAAAUUGGUGAAAAAAGUCUCUUUACAAAGGACCUUGAGGAUGCUUUGCGUAACGGCGGCGUCGAUUUUGUUGUGCAUUCGCUGAAAGAUUUGCCCACAGCCUUGCCAGCUGGAAUGGCAAUAGGUGCAGUACUUGAACGAGAAGAUGCCAGAGAUGCCUUAGUUCUUCGCGAAAACUACAAGGGUCACACAAUAGGCACAUUGCCGCCGGGUAGUGUAAUAGGAACUUCGUCCCUAAGACGGACUGCGCAACUGAGAAGACAACACCCUCACUUGGUCGUUUGUGAUAUACGUGGCAAUUUGAAUACUCGUUUAGCAAAGUUGGACGCCGAGAACUCGAAGUUUGCAGGGAUUAUUUUGGCUCAGGCUGGUUUAGUUCGAAUGGGUUGGCAGGACAGGGUGAACCAAGUUCUAGAGCCAACCGAUCUCUUAUAUGCCGUUGGCCAGGGAGCUUUAGCUGUAGAGUGCAGAUCUAAUGACACCUAUAUUUUGGAAAUGCUCCAGAGCCUCAUGUGUCUCUCAACAACAUGCAGGAUUCUUGCUGAACGAAGCUUCCUAAAGACUCUAGGUGGCGGAUGCAGUGCACCUGUUGCAGUAUUUAGCAAAUUGAAAGGUGACCUAUCAAACGAUGGAACGUGUUCAAAUAGUGUUAACUUACAUUUAAAUGGCGCCGUUUGGAGUCUAGAUGGUGCAACCGAAAUUAGAGAAGAUAUUGCCUGUUCACUUAUCCAACCUAAGAUGAUUGAUGAAAAUAGCAACGACGAGCCUCCCCAGAAACGUGCAAGAGCUACUAACAGCAGCAGUCCGCAAUUGGAAAGUCAAAAUAGCCCACCAGUUAUUAACGAUGACACCGAACUAGACGCAAUUGCAGACACAUACAACAUUAACGAUUUGGUGGAGAAACACAUAAACAUUGUGAGUAAAUGUCCUGUGGUGGGAAAUAAAGCACGAAUCGACGCAGCAAAUGGCAACAUUAUAAAAGAAGUUGGCGGGGGUGAUGCUGGCAAAACCUUGUCAAACACCUGUCCUCUGCCCAUUGAUAUUGGUCAGGAUGUUAUGGGCCAAUGCCCAUUUGUAGGAAAUGAAGCAAAAGUUACAUUGGCUGCCGCUGGUAAAUGCCCAAUGACCAAAGACCGCAAUUGCAAAAUAGUUGCCAGUUUAAAUAGAGGGGAUAGUAUUGAAUGUGUUCCAGCCCCAUCAACAUCGAAGUGUCCGUUUGCAUCCAUGCACAACAAAUGUGACAUUGCAAAAAGUACAAAAGUUCAGAAACGAAAUCAUGAUGACGACGUUGGAAAAUGUCCUUUCCUGCAAAAAACUGUAAAAAUGUUUGAUUACUCCGAUGACGAAAAACCGCAACCUAACAGCAGCAGCCUUCUUAUGGAAGACGUCGACAACUUGUUUUGUGGUCUCUAUCGCCAUGAUUGCCAUGACAGCGAAUUAUAUGUUAAAUGUAAUAAACUGGGCCAACAAUUAGCUGAAAGCCUCAUAGAAAGAGGUGCGUUAGAUGUAAUGAAAAUUGCACAAGCAGAAAUACACAGUAAGGCUUAAUAUACAUACAUAUGUUGCUUACUACGUUUAUUGUUCAACAAAGCGCAACUAUAUCAUAUUAAACUAAGCGUUACUAUAUCAUUUGGUGGUUUCAUACAAUUUUGUUCUUAUUUUUU